AUGAGGAGCUCCUCCUCUCUCGCUUCCCCCACAUCCUCGCCCUCCUCGCCUCGAGCUGCACAGCUGCCAUGGGCGAGUCGGACUACCACAAGAGCACCUCGAGCCGCCGCCGCGACUCGCGCUCGCGCUCCCCCGACCGCUCGUCCUCGCGACAAGGACAAGGACUCGCACCGUCACCGCCGCGACCGCAGCCCGAGCGACGACAAAGACGGCGGCCCUCCUCCCGGCGUCGACGAGCUGUCCGACGACGACUACUUCCUCAAGGCGACAGAGCUCAAGCUGUGGCUCUACGAGGACAGGGGCAAGAAGCUCGACAGCCUCAAGACCGAGGACGCGAGGCGCUACUUUCGCAAGCUCGACGCCAAGUACUACGCCGGUAUCGCCCCGGGCUCGCUCCCGUCUUCCAUCUCGACCUCGCACUCGUGGUCGUUCAAAAAGGCCUCGCAGGCCGACCUCGACGCCGCCGCGACCGUGCGCCGCUCGGUCGACGGCACCAAGACGCGCUCGUACGACCCGACGGCGGCCCCUGGACCUGCCCCGCCGCCGCCGUCGUCGUCGUCGUCGUCGCGCGCCGUCGCCGGGCCCUCGCGCGGUCCGCAGCUCGGCCCGGCCAUGCCGCCCUCGAGCGCAGUCGAGCGCCUCCAGAUGGAGCGCGACGCGCGCGACUCGACCCGCUCGGCCGAGCGCGAGGCGUACGCCGCUUCGCGCCGGCGCGACGCGCGCGAGGGCCGGCACGCCGAGCGCGACGAGCGCGCGACGGGGCGGGACCGGCUCGUCGAGAAGCGGCGCGAGGGCAACGCGAGUCGGAGGGACUUUGAGGCCAGUCGCGAGGGCGGCGGCAUGAUGGACUUUGACGAGGAUGCGCUCAUGAGUGGGUCGACGGGCGCGGGUGGGGGCCCGGCGGGGCCGGGCAGCUUUGAGGACGCGGUCAAGGCGAGGGAGAGGGCCCAGUCGAGGAGGGAGGAGCGCAAGUUUGGUGGCGAGGAGAAGCGCGCCGAGAUGACCGACCGCCUCUCGGCACAUCGCCAGAAGGAGGACGCGACGAUGGCCAUGUUCAAGCAGCUCGCCGCACAGCGCUUUGGCGGCGCCGGCGCGUCGUAGCCUCGUCUCGUGCAACUUGCUCGCCGGCCUCUCGCCUCGC